AUGGUAAAUUAGAGUUAGAGUUUUGCACAGUAAAACUUAGAAAGAAAGUACUGUAAAGCUAAAUCUUGAUAAGGUUUUGUAAAAGGCAAGGAAGAAAUAGUACUACAGAUGAAAUGCGAAGGCUAAGGCUCAGACUCAGACUCAGACUCAGACUCAGACUCAGGCUCAGGCUCAAGCUCAGGCUCAAGCUCAGGAUCAGGCUCAAGCUCAGGAUCAGGCUCAGGCUCAGGCUAAGGCUCAGACUCAGGCUCAGACUCAGGCUCAAGCUCAGGCUCAAGCUCAGGCUCAGGCUCAGGCUCAAGCUCAGGAUCAGGCUCAGGCUCGGGCUUAA